CUUUCUUUCUGCACGGAUAGCGCUCUCACAAACAUGGUGAACGUUCCUAAAACCCGCCGGACUUUCUGUAAGAAGUGUGGCAAGCACCAGCCCCACAAAGUGACACAGUACAAGAAAGGCAACGAUUCUCUGUAUGCACAGGGAAAGUGGCGUUAUGACAGGAAGCAGAGUGGUUAUGGUGGGCAGACUAAGCCAAUUUUCCGCAAAAAGGCUAAAACUACAAAGAAGAUUGUCCUGAGGCUUGAAUGUGUGGAGCCCAACUGCAGAGCUAAGAGAAUGCUGGCUAUUAAGAGAGGCAGACAUUUUGAACUGGGAGGAGAUAAGAAGAGAAAGGGCCAAGUGAUCCAGUUCUCAGCUUCAUAUUUUUAUCGUGAAGACAAUAAAAUCUUGAGAAUAAAUAAAAAAAAAAAAAAGAAAGAAAAUAACAAGAGAACGUAUCAAAACUUUGGAGAUGCAGCAAAGCAUUUGGAGAUGCAGCCAAAGCUUAACCAACAUUUUAUCAAAUUGACUUUUACUAUGUGA